CGUUUAUUUUCGACAUAUUUUUGAAUUUAAAGAAAAGAAAAAUCUUAGCUCAUCAAUUGUACUCAUAUUAUUUACAUAAGACAGAUUUGACAACUACUUCGAAUAACACAGAGUACAACAACAACAAACAAAUGUCAUGCAAUGCUCUAGCGCAGUCGAACUGUCAAGUCAGCUGGUGAAGCGCUCACACAUAGUAAAUACUAAUCGUAGUUUAUGUUUAUUCUAUUGCGUUCGACAGCAGAUAAAUAGAAUGAAUGCAAAAUUAUAUAUUUUAUAAUAUACCGAGACAAAAUCAUGAGUUUCAUAAUAAAUUUAUUAAAAAAUUUACUACAUAAUAUGCUGGAAUUAUUGUCAUUUAGUAAGAAAACAUUGAAAAAUACGCUUAGUAUUUAUGUUAAAUUCAAUCGAGAUACAUUGUCUGUUGAUCUUGAUCCACAUUGGGCCAUUCGAGAGGUGAAAGAAUUUGUUGCUCCACAACUCGGCUUACAGCCAGACGAAGUAAAAAUCAUAUUUGCUGGCAAAGAACUUAGCGAUACAACGAAAUUGGAGGAAUGUGACUUGGGUCAACAGAGUAUUUUGCACGCUGUCAAAGCACGCACACAACCAAUUUCAAAGCGCUCAUUAAAUGUUCCACUGGCGAAUUCAUCCAUUGAAGAGGAUCCCAAUGAAGAACAUGAAGCAUCUAAACCGUUAUCACAAACACUGACUGAUUUGCAAUUCUCUGAUUCUACGACACAUGAGAAUAUUAAUGUUGAUAGAGAUGGAGAGAAAAUGAAGGCAAGAUUCUUCAUCUAUUGUACACAUUGUAAUGAUUUGUGUGCGGGAAAGUUGAGAGUUCGUUGUUCAUUGUGUCAAGGUGGUGCGUUUACCGUAUACAAAGAUCCAGAAGGUUGGGAUGAUGUUCUAAAACCAAAUCGAAUACCAGGACUGUGCGAAACGAACGAAAUUUCAUGUACACGAGAUAAUGGCGAAUUGCCGUUUGCUGAAUUUUAUUUUAAAUGCGCAAAACACCCGUCGAUGGGUGAAAAAGAUUUUAGCGCACCAUUAUCAUUGAUUAAACGUAAUAUUAAAAAUAUACCGUGUUUAUCAUGUACCGAUGUAUGUGAUCCCAUCUUAGUUUUUCCAUGCGAUUCGGGUCAUGUCACAUGUUUAGAUUGUUUUCGACAAUAUUGUCUAUCACGACUGAUGGACCGUCAAUUUGUUUCACAUGAUGACAUUGGAUACACGUUACCGUGUCCAGCCGGCUGUGAAAAUUCAUUCAUUCACGAAAUUCAUCAUUUUAAAUUACUUUCAAAGGAACAGUACGAUCGAUAUCAACGAUUCGCAACUGAAGAAUAUGUACUUAAGGCCGGCGGUGUGCUAUGUCCACGCCCUGAUUGUGGUAUGGGAUUCAUAGUUGAUGCUGAUUGCAAAAAGAUUACUUGUUCGAAUGGUUGUGGUUAUGUCUUCUGUCGAGACUGUUUACAAGGUUAUCACAUUGGUGAUUGCAUUCCGGACGAUGGAACAAAUGCCACAUCCAAUCAAUCACAAUACUCGGUCGAUCCAUUGCGUGCAACUGAAGCAAGAUGGGACGAUGCAUCAAGAGUUACGAUAAAGGUCAUAUCAAAACCAUGUCCAAAAUGUCGAACACCAACAGAACGUGAUGGCGGCUGUAUGCACAUGGUAUGCACCAGAGCUGGAUGCGCCUUUGAGUGGUGUUGGGUGUGUCAAACCGAAUGGACCAGAGAUUGUAUGGGAGCACAUUGGUUUGGUUAAUGUUAAAGCCAAUUAGAUAGAAAUCAAUUUCCGAA